AAAUCCACUUCCGGAGAACAGGGAAAAAACACAGGAGUGAAAAAGGACAAUGAAAACACCAAACACGUGAUGAACGAUUAUAACUACGGUUGGUGAAGGAGAUUAAUUAAGAAGACAACAUCUCGGCCUUAAAAAUACUCGCCACGUUAUUAGCCGAGUCCAAAUUUUGACUUUCAGCUAGCUCAAACUCAAAGCCAGUACAUACUACAACUCGGCAAUGAUUGGUACACGUAUGUCCUGAUAACAAGGCUACGUUUGUGCAAUUUCAUUGAUUAUUAUUCUGGCCCAAAAAAACAAAAAGAAGAAGAAGCAGGGGGAGGGUGCUGAAUGCUGAGAACUGAGAACUGAGAAUUCACGGCGUUGACUCCAGAAUUCUCCCUCCGUUUGAUUCUCAGUUUGUUCGUUUUCUUGAUCAUUACCUGAAUCUGCUACUUGGGCGUGUCAAUUCUAUGCCAAUUCUGCUUUCUUUAGGUAUUGCAACUUGUUCAAUAGCCCACUAGCCCUAAGAUUUUUCCUUGCCUAUGUUGGUUAUAUACUCAAGGGCAUUCUUUCUCAAUGGUCUGAUGCAUAGGCUCUAAGCAAUAAUGUCGGUUCUCUGUGGUUUACCCCCUCUCCUUGAAUGUGUAUACUGUGUAGCAUGUGCCCGCUGGGCAUGGAAGCGAUGCCUCCACAGUGCAGGACAUGACAGCGAAACUUGGGGCCUUGCCACAGCUGAAGAAUUUGAACCUGUCCCUAGGCUCUGCCGAUACAUAUUGGCCGUAUACGAAGAUGAUCUUAGACAACCUCAGUGGGAACCACCUGAAGGAUAUGGGAUUAAUCCAGAUUGCUUAAUUGUGAAGAAAAACUAUCCAGAUACCGGUGGCCGAGUACCACCAUAUCUCUUAUAUCUGGAUCAUGAACAUGCUGACAUAGUUCUUGCUAUUAGAGGUCUUGAUUUGGCAAAGCACAGUGAUUAUGCAGUCUUGUUGGACAAUAAGCUGGGUCAAAGGAAAUUUGAUGGUGGGUAUGUUCACAAUGGGUUAUUAAAAGCGGCUGGAUUGGUGUUAAAUACAGAAUGUGAGAUCUUAAGGCAAUUGCUGGAGAAACAUCCGAACUAUACCUUGACUUUUACUGGACAUUCACUAGGGUCAGGUGUAGCAGCAUUAUUGACAUUGGUAGUAGCACAAAAUCGUGACAGGCUGGGCAAUAUUGACAGGAAAAGAAUCAGAUGCUUUGCUAUUGCACCAGCUAGAUGUAUGUCAUUGAAUCUAGCAGUGAGAUAUGCAGAUGUCAUCAACUCCAUUGUGCUUCAGGAUGAUUUCUUGCCACGGACAGCAACUCCCUUGGAAGACAUAUUCAAGUCACUGUUCUGUUUGCCAUGCCUAUUAUGUCUGAGGUGCAUGAGAGAUACGUGCAUCUCAGAAGAGAAGAUGCUCAAAGAUCCACGCAGACUUUACGCCCCAGGACGCCUUUACCACAUUGUUGAGAGGAAACCUUUUAGAUGUGGACGAUUUCCCCCUGUUGUGAGGACUGCAGUUCCAGUGGAUGGGAGAUUUGAGCACAUCGUUCUCUCUUGUAAUGCUACUUCUGAUCAUGCAAUUAUCUGGAUAGAGAGAGAAGCACGAAGGGCCCUCGAAUUGAUGGAAGAGAGAGAUCAUGUGAUGGAAAUUCCAGCUAAGCAAAAGAUGGAGCGUCAACAGACGUUAACUAGAGAGCACGGCGAGGAGCAUAAAGCUGCUCUACAGAGAGCUGUCACCUUGGCUGUUCCACAUGCAUUUUCACCUUCUCAUUAUGGAACUUUUGAUGAAAAAGCGGAUGAACAGUCUGAUAAAUCAGUUGGUGAUUCAUCCACAGGGUCGUCGACCAAAAGCAAGAAGAAAGAUAACUGGGAAGAACUAAUUGAGCGUCUAUUUGAGAAGGAUGAGUCAGGUCAUAUGAUUCUGAAGAAACCACAGUGAUAAGCAAGCAAUGUUGUAACUUAAGCAUCCUAUAUGAGUAGUGAUACUUGGAUCAUCAUUCUUUAAUUAAACCUAUAAUUCUUUUCCUCAACUUACACUUUUUUUUGUGUGUGCGUGUCAGCCAGUGGCUUGUAUCAAUGGAUUUAGAGAAACUUUCAGAAUAUAUGCUAAAAUGGAUGUAUUUAUUGGUCC